AUGGAGCUUCAUAUUACUCUUUUAUUCACAAAUAUGAAAGCUUUCUUAUGUAAUCAGAAAAUGAUAUCGAUUCUUCGUUCCAUCUCUUUCCUUUUUUUCGUUUCAUGUUUGCUAAACACAUUUGUUUCUUCUACACAACACUUGUGUCAUCUAGACGAAAGGGAUGCUCUUCUAGAGUUUAAGACUGAGCUUUUGAUCAAGAAGCCUCUUUUGGACGUUGAUUCAUAUAUAAAGACCGAAUCAUGGAUGAACAAAAGUGAUUGUUGUUCUUGGGACGGCAUCACGUGUUCUGCUAAGUCGGGCAGAGUCAUCGGACUAGACCUUAGUUUCAACUACCUCUACAGCAAGCUCGAAUCCAACAGUAGCUUAUUUAAACUGCUUCAUCUCCGUGAUUUGAACCUUACUGGCAAUAAUUUCAACGGUUCAUCAAUCCCAGCUGAGUUUGAUAAGCUCAUGAGGCUAGAAAGACUUGACCUCUCUGAUUCUUCACUUUCAGGCCAAAUUCCGGUCAACCUUCUUCAGCUAACCAAGUUGGUGUCUCUCCAUCUUUCUUCUAGUCUUUAUCCUGAUUUUUCUUCUUUUCUAUCUAUUGAAGAAUCUUUUCUUCAUCUGCUUGCUCAAAAUUUGAGGAAUCUUAGAGACCUGGAUAUGAGCAGUGUCAACAUUUCUUCAAAAAUCCCCCAUGAGUUUUCAAACAUGCGAUCUCUAAGGUCACUAGAUCUUAGCAACUGCAACCUCUUUGGAAAAUUUCCAAGUAGUGUUCUUCUGAUACCAAGCCUGCAGUCCAUUACAUUAAGUUCCAAUCCAAAUCUGAGAGGCAAACUUCCUGUUUUUGGUGAAAAUAACUCUUUGCUAAAGCUAUCCAUUGAAAGAACAGCCUUUUCGGGUCCCAUACCCGACUCCAUUAGCAGCCUCAAACAUUUGAUUUCCUUGACCCUUUCCUUUUCCCAAUUCUCAGGGAAGAUUCCUUUUUCAGUUGGGAAUCUUUCUCAUCUCUCAUAUCUCUAUCUCUCUUAUAAUAACUUUGUUGGUGAAAUCCCAUCUUCAAUUGGCAAUCUAAAACAAUUGACCCAUUUUCAUGUUAGUUAUAACAAGCUCAGUGGAAACUUGCCAGCUUCAAUACUCAAUUGUACUCAACUACUUGAACUCGAUCUCUCUUCAAAUCAGUUCACAGGUUCCCUUCCACCGAUCAUUAGCCAAUCCUCCAAAUUAGAGUCUUUUUAUGCUGGUGAUAAUUCUUUUACGGGAGCCAUUCUUUCAUCCCUAGUCAAGAUUCCCUCUUUGACCGAUAUCUCUUUGGGUUAUAACCAAUUCAACGACUUUGCUGGGAUUGAGAAUAUCUCUCUCCUACCUAAUUUACGAUAUAUCUCUAUUGAGAAUAGAAAUUACAACAAAGUCUCUGAUUCAGAAGUUAACUUAAAUGUCUUCUUGCCUCUCAAGAAGCUAGACUCGUUACUUAUAUCGGGCAUCCCUCUUUCUACAGCCAACAUCACUCUUGAUUCGGAUUUCCCAUCAAGUUUGAAAUAUUUAAGUUUGAGUGGCUGCAACAUCACUGAGUUCCCUGAGUUCAUAAGAAAAGGAAGAAAUCUUAGAAUUCUAGACUUUUCCAACAAUAAAAUGAAAGGUCAAGUACCAGACUGGUUGUGGAGACUGCCAAAAUUGGAGUCUGUGCUUCUCUCUAACAACUCUUUCAGCGGUUCCAAUGGAUCCUUCGAAGUUUCUCCGGAGAGUCUAAUAAGUUAUGUUGAUCUAAAAUCAAAUGCUUUCCAAGGACCACUCUUCAUCCCGUCAUCCAAGCAUCUCCGAUAUUUUUUGGGUUCCAAGAAUAACUUCACUGGAGAGAUCCCUCGAUCAAUAUGUAGAGCAAGUUCUCUAGAGGUCCUAGAUCUCUCAAACAACAACUUCGACGGCUCAAUUCCUCAGUGUUUAGAGACUCUCAUGAGUUCUCUUACAGAUCUAAAUCUCCAUAACAACAGACUCAGCGGAAUGAUUCCUGAAAUAUUUCAGAACGCCAAGAGCUUAAUGUCACUUGACCUUAGUCACAAUCGAUUGGAGGAAAAGUUUCCAGCUUCUUUUGUUGGUUGCUCUGAAUUGGAAGUUUUAAAUGUGGGAAGCAACACAGUCAACGACAUGUUUCCUUUCCACUUGAAUUCUCUGCAGAAGCUUCAAGUUCUCGUCCUCCGUUCUAACAAGUUUCAUGGCACAUUACAUAACGGUGAUGGAUUUUGGUUUGAAUUUCCUCAGUUGAAAAUCAUUGAUGUAUCACAUAAUGACUUCUUCGGUGCCUUGCCAUCUGAUUACUUCUUGAACUGGACUGCGAUGUAUUCCGAGAGAGACAAUAAUAUGGAACUAGAUUACAUUAGUAAUUUUGGGGGCAUCACCUACUACUUUUCACUUGUGUUGAUGAGUAAAGGAGUAUCAAUGGAGAUGGAACGUAUCCUUACAACCUACACAGCCAUCGAUUUUUCAGGAAAUCAACUUAGUGGACAAAUUCCUGAUUCUGUUGGUUUUCUAAAGGAGCUUUGUAUUCUCAACAUGUCAAACAAUGCUUUCACGGGCCACAUCCCAUCUACUUUGGCAAAUUUGACGAAUCUGGAGUCACUAGACCUAUCCCAAAACAAGAUAUCUGGUGAGAUUCCUCCUGAGCUUGGGAGCCUUUCUUCUCUCGCAUGGAUAAACAUUUCACAUAACCAACUUGUAGGUUCCAUUCCGCAAGGCACACAGUUUCAGCGACAAAACUGCUCCUCCUAUGAAGGAAACCCGGGGCUUAAUGGUUCUUCCCUUAAGGAUAUUUGUGGAGAUAUCAAAGCGCCAACACAAUCCGAACUGGUGGAGACAAAAGAAGAAGAAGAAGAAGAAUCAUUGAGUUGGAUGGCAGCAGGUUUAGGCUUUGCACCUGGAGUUGUAUUUGGACUAGUAUUGGGACACAUAGUGGUUUCGUACAAGCAUGAGUGGUUCAUGAAGGUUUUUGGCCGACGCAAGCAACGAACCAUUAGGGCUCGUUAACGCGUUGUUGGUCUGUUCGACAAAGUUGGUGUAUCUAAUAACAUCAUAAAUAAUUUGU